AUGUAUUAUGUUCAACCGUGGAUGCUUGCCGUAAUCAUUCCGCUUGCAGGAAUCAGAGAAGGUCAACAACUAUUAUAUGAAUUACAUUUAUUUAAUAAGAAAUCAUUUGCUAAUGCAGGUUACUAUGUAGGAAUGUUUGGAUCUAGCGCUUUAUUAGCAUUUAGUCUUGAAUUCAGUGAAUAUUUAUUAGUUUCAAAUACCUCUUCACUUACACUAAGUGUAUCGGGCAUUUUUAAGGAAGUUGUGAUGCUCUAUUUGGCGGUUGAAUAUAAUGAUAAUCAAUUAAAUGCUCUAAAUAUCAUUGGUCUUGUUAUAUGUCUCACUGGUAUAGUCUUUCAUUGUAUUCUCAAAUUCUGUGCACUACAGAAAGAAAAAUCGACGAAUGGAGAUACGACUACCAAUGAACGUUUACUUUUGCGUAGAUUAGAAUCGGGUGAUGAAUGGUCAAUAGAUGCUGAUCCAAAUAAUCGGCGUACAAGCCUGAAUGAUUGA